AUGACUUGUAAGUUACCUCAUCAUACUGUUCUUCAUUUUGAUCGAAAUAUCAAAACUAGUGAAAAUGAGAAACCAAAACAAACUUCCUCACUCUUCCCCAGAGCCGAAGUGUUCUUACCAAAGAAUGAAGUCGUUACAAAUGCCACAACAUGUACAGGACAAUUUAGUUAUUCUAAAGGUGAAUCAAAACGUGUAUUACUGUGUACUGCUCUCAUUAAAGUUAGUGAUUCCAAUGACUCCAUUCCUGAAGUCAAACGUAUUUCAAGUGAAGAUAAAAAAUGUGAAGAGUUCUUUAAAACAACACACUUCCGUGAUCAAAAUGGUCGUUAUGUAGUGAAACUUCCAUUUAAAGAUAACCCUUCAAGGUUGGGUAAUUCUAAAGAUCUUGCUUUACAAAGAUUUAAAUCUUUAGAGAGAAAUCUCUUAAGAUCUCCUGAUACAUAUGAUAUGUAUAAACAUUUCAUGAAGGAAUACUUGGAUCUCGGGCACAUGGAACCAGUCCGUAGUUCAGAGUCCCCAAGUCAGGCAUACUACAUGCCACAUCAUGCAGUAAUUAAGGAAUCUAGCUCUACGAGUAAAAUACGUGUGGUAUUUAAUGCUACUAUGUUAGAACAUUUAGAGUUUCCUAUACGUAAAGUUUUGGCCUGGACAGAUUCAACUGUUGUACUGUCCUGGAUUUCUGCAGAACCAUACCGUUGGGUUCCCUUUGUUGCAAACCGCGUUGCUAAAAUACAGAAUACAAUUCCUAAUGUAAGGUGGAACCAUAUCAAUGGAAAGCGGAACCCAGCUGAUUCAGGUACAAGAGGAAUGUUUCCAGCAGAAUUUCUGAAGUGUGAGCGAUGGUUCAUUGGACCUACUUGGUUAUAUUCACAAGAUUUCGAACCAUGUCCUGACAGUGAACAUCUUGCUGAUGUAGAUUAUGAAGGAGUUCAGGUUUUUCUGACAACCGAUGAGCUUCGAUUAGCUAAGAAAAGACAAAAAAAAGUGAUAAGAAAUGUCCAAGAAUCAUAUUUUCCUCGAGAGCUCUCUUAUUUAAAAACAUCGAGAGAAUUAAAAGGUGUGAGCAGCCGAGUAAUACAAUUAACUUCCUUCCUUGAUGAAGAAUGCGUCAUUCGAGUAGGUGGUCGCUUAAAAAAUGCAAACAUUCCUGAAAAUAGCAAACAUCCUAUUUUGCUUCCAAAGGAAGGACAUGUCACUAAUCUCAUCGUAACUCAUUACCAUGUCAAUUAUUUGCAUGCUAGUCAAGAGUUAUUAAUAAGCACUUUACGAAUGCAGUUUUGGAUUCUUGCGGUGAGAAGCGUAGUGAGAAAGAUUAUUCACAGAUGUAUUCCUUGUAUUAGAAAUCGAGGCAAGACUGUGACCCAGAUAAUGGGUGAUUUACCCUCGCCCAGAGUUCAACCAUCAAGACCUUUUGCAGUCACCGGUGUUGAUUAUGCUGGUCCAUAUUCUAUUAAGUCCCAAGUUGGGAGAAGAACAAAAACUUUCAAGUGUUACGUAUCCAUUUUUGUGUGUUUCUCAACAAAAGCUGUACACUUGGAGUUAGUCAGUGAUUUAUCAACUUCAACGUUUUUAGCAGCUCUAAAAAGAUUUAUCGCCCGACGAGGCAAACCAUCUAAAAUUUCGAGUGACUGUGCUACUAACUUCAAAGGUGCUAGUAAGGAACUGAAGGAGAUUUAUAAAAAUGCAGCACGCAUUGAGAAAAGCAGUGAAUUAUGUGACUACAUUACCUCAGAAGGUAUAACUUGGUUAUUUAAUCCUCCGACAUCUCCUCACUACGGUGGCUUGUGGAAAUCUAAUGUGAAAUCCAUGAAAUUUUAUCUUAAACGAGUAUUAGGAUCCACACUUCUAACUUACAAUUAG